AUGCCGCCCCGCACCGUCGCCGUCAUCGGCGGAGGUCUGUCCGGCCUCACCGCCGCCUACCGCCUCGCAAAGUCGGGAGCACGGGUGACGCUCCUCGAAUCGGCGCCACGGUUGGGGGGAUGGGCCCAAACGCAAUCUUACCCACUCUCAUUCGAGCGCAAUGGGCAAACUCACACUGGCAGCGUAUCGCUCGAGUUUGGACCGCGUUCCAUCCGUCCGCGGGGAGGACCAGGCGCACCAGCCAUGCUCCAGCUCAUCCAAGAUUUGGGCCUUUGCGAUCGCAUCGUGCCGAUUCCGAAUGACCACCCAGCCGCCAAGAACCGAUACCUCUUUGACCCCGAUUCCGGCAAGCUGUCCGCCGUCCAAGCCUCCCCGCUUGCGGUAUUGAAUCCGCGCACAGCCCCAGCGAUUAGGCAACUGUUGCUCGCCUUUGCGAUGGAGCCGUUUCGCAGAUCCAGACCGCCAGACGGCGACGAGAGCGUUGCGGCCUUUUUCGAGCGCCGAUUUGGCAAACGAGUUGCCCGCACCGCCUCAGCCUUUGUUCAUGGUAUCUAUGCGGCUGAUCCAGCCGCUUUGUCCCUCCGCUCAGCAUUUGGGAUGCUCCACGCGGCCGAGAAGAGGGGCGGCAGCGUGGUGAUGGGCAUGCUCCGCAGCCCAAAGAAUGAAGCAGAAGAGGCGGCGUGGGCCAAGAUCGGGGAGCUGGGCAAGGAGAGGGAGGGAUGGAACAUGUACGCUCUGCGCGGGGGGAUGUGCCAGCUUAUUACGGCGUUGGAGAAGAACGCUCGCGAUGCGGGAGUAGAAAUCAAGAGAUCGCGCGUGCUCCGCAUCAACCCCGAUACGAGGGUAAAUGUCGAGACGAGCUACGGCCCUUUGCGGGUCGACCACGUCGUUGCUGCUCUCCCGCCCCGUCGACUUGAUCGGAUCCUCUCCGCCUCCCUCCCACACCUCCUUGCCAACUCGUCAACCACUGUCGGAGUGGUCAAUGUCGUCCUCCCCCUCCCGCCCAAGGAAGUACAUCCAGACGGAUUCGGAUACCUCAUCCCUCGAGGUGGAUGUAAUCCCGAAGGAGCGCUGGGUGUUGUUUUCGACUCGACAGCUCUCCCCGGAACAGAUGACGGCGGCUUGGAGGGCCAAGUCACCAAGCUUACCGUCAUGCUUGGCGGUCCCCAUUGGAGCAGUUAUGGCGGCGUUCGCGAACCGGCACACGAGGACGAGCUUAUUCCUCUCGCUCUCUCUCAUCUCCGCCGCGCAUUCCCGCAUCUCAAAGCUGAACCACUCCUCACCGUCCCACACCUGAAUAGGGAGUGUAUUCCGACUUAUGCACCAGGACACGGUGCUCGGUUACGGGAUAUUCACGAGGCCAUCGAAUCCGGCCCGUGGAAGAACCGACUGAGUGUCGUCGGCGCGGGGUAUGGCGGGGUUAGCGUCAAUGACUGCGUGCUCGGCGCGGAGAUUGUCGCGUCUGGUCUCGCGAGCGGCACAGUCACGGGUCUCGAGCGGUGGGCUGAUUGGGAGUAG